UAAAACUCGGUGGUGUCAUGGAAAAUAUUUACCCCAAAUACAUUCACUAAUCUAAUCCGAUUUAUAAUCCAGAACUAGGGUUUUCAGUCUUGAUCCCAUACUAAAAGAGGCUUCCAAUGGCAUGCGUCUCCUUCUCGCCGUCCUGGACCCUCUCAUGUCCUCCUCUCCGUCGCUGUUCUUCCAUGUUUAACUCGAAACAGAUCCCAACCCUAUCUGUCAUUUUUGUUAGAAGUCAUCGGGGACCGGCGCCGGCGGCUGCAGGGUUAAAGAGGUAUUGGGGGACGGCGAUGAGGGAGCUGAAUCUUUCAAAGAUGAUUGAAAAGAAGGUGGCUGAGGCAAUGGAUGUUUGUAAUGGGGAGGAAGGCAUGAGAUCGGACGGCUGCCGUGUGGCCUGGGACGAGGUUGAGGAGGUGAGUAGUGCGUUGGCCGAUCUCCGCCGCCGGCUUGCUGAUUCCGCCGUCGACCCUCUAGAGCCCUUCUGUCUGCAGAAUCCCGAAGAUGAGGAAUGCCGCAUCUACGAAUAUUGAAGGCGGAUACAUGUAGAAUCGCCUCCCAGAUGCGGCAGUAGCCAUGUAAAUUCUUUUCGCCUUACCUUUUUUAUUUUCCUUCCCUGCUUUUUUUCCCUUUUCUUUUUUUAUUUUAUUUUAUUUUUUUUGUAGAAAUUAAACCAUCGAUCGAAAUGGGCUAGCUUUAUAUUUUUAAUCCAUGGUGAAUGGACAAAGAUGGUUAAAUUAUUUGCAUACUAUAUUGAGGAAAAAAAUUAGCCUUUUUGCUUAUUUAGCUCUUAAGGGAAAACAAGCAUCAGAAUUUAUUGAAUUUUCUAUUUAUAUGUAACCAUCGACAUUAGAUAGAUAUGCGAUACUGCAGUAUUACUGAUCGUA